AUGCCGGUCAGUUUGAAACCACAAAACUCGGCUCUGCCUCGAAUUCUCGCGUUCCCACCAAGGUUCCUUUUUGCAACCUCGAGGGACCGUUUAACGCCCUUAUCUGCAAAGUUUAAACAGAUCGCCCUUGUCAACUCAAGUGUUGGGAGACUAGAUUACCCCUCCAUAUUAUCAGCUUACAGAGGAGUUCACACCUACGGAGUAGGACGACAUUCAGACCCCUCCAAGCCCAAGUCUCCUCGCGCCCCGCUUCAAUCUCGUGUUGACCUUGUCGCACUCUCUGUUGCUAUAAUCUUCGUUUGCCUCGGGUUCAGCCUACAAUAUCGGCGAUCAGAGUCUAAUCCGCCUCCAGAAACCGGAGCUUUAGGUGUAAAGCCCCAAUUAUCAGAACUAAUGGCGUCGGAAAUCCCUCCCGGAAGACCGGGAAACCUGACCCCCGAUCAGGAAGAAAAGUUGCGCAAGCUUUGGAAUCUUAUCCUGUCUCUUGGAGAGGAUGUGACCAGCACAGCGGCCGACAGUACGGCUGCAAGUACAGCCCCAAGCGAGGCGUCGGCAGCCGGGAAGGGUGAGAAACCCAAGAAGAAACGUGUUUCUCUUUUCAACCGCAAAGACAAGAAAGUUUCGGACGCUGAAGCCUCCGGUUCUUCUACCAAUGUUGGCGGCGCUCACAUUAAAGACGACGGAGAAGACAAGUAUGGACAAACCAAGCAAUUCCUAGAAGCUCUAGCUAGCCAGAGUCCUGAGGCUCUGCGUGCCACUAUCUGGUCCAUGGUUAAACACGACCAUCCGGAUGCUCUGGCUCUUCGUUUCUUGAGGGCGCGGAAGUGGGACGUCGACAAGGCUUUUGUCAUGAUGAUCUCUACUAUGAACUGGAGAUUAACCGAGAUGAAAGUUGAUGAAGAAAUUAUGAGGACUGGUGAAGAGGGUGCGUUGGAAGCUUCAAAGAGCGCAGACGCCAACAUAAAGAAACUUGGGCAGGAUUUCAUGGCCCAAGCGCGGUCGGGAAAGACCUUUAUACACGGCGUUGACAAGGUAGGACGGCCGAUUUGUAUGGUGAGAGUCCGGAUGCACAGGCAAGGGGAGCAGUGCGAAGAAAGUCUCGAGAAGUACACCGUCUUCUUGAUUGAGACUGCACGAAUGGUCCUGGCUCCUCCUGUGGACACUGCUACGAUUGUGUUUGACAUGACCAGUUUCUCAAUGGCCAAUAUGGACUAUACCCCAGUCAAAUUCAUGAUCAAAUGUUUUGAGGCCAACUAUCCGGAGUCCCUUGGUGCUGUUCUGGUGCACCGGGCUCCCUGGGUGUUUCAAGGUAUCUGGAAGAUCAUCAAGGGCUGGCUGGACCCAGUAGUAGCCAGCAAGGUGCACUUCACCAACAACGUAAAAGAAAUGGAGGAGUUCAUUCCUCCGAGCCAUAUACUGAAAGAGCUUGAUGGCCAGGAAGAUUGGGAUUACAAAUAUGUUGAACCGGUCGCUGGUGAGAACGACAAGAUGAAGGAUACAGCCGCACGGGAUGCUCUUCUGGCCGGGAGAGAAGACCUCAUUCAACAGUAUGAAGAGGCCACCCUGCAAUGGAUUAAGGAAGCUGGAACAGACAACGAGGCGUCCAUUAAGAAGCAGAGAGAAGAACUUGCACAAAAGCUAAGGGACGACUACUGGAAGCUGGACCCUUACCUGCGUGCCAAGUGCGUGUUGGACCGGACAGGUGUCAUCAACGAAGGCGGCAAGAUCGACUUCUACCCAAAGACAGUUGCUGCGGGGCAGACAAACGGUGCGCCCAAAGUUGAGACCUCGGCCGACGAUGUAGACUAG